AUAUAAACUGAUCACAUGCUGGAGGCUCCUUGUCAGUACCACAAUGGCUUGUCGAACGCAUGGGCUUGCUGUGAGUAAAGUGGUCUUAUUUUUUCUGUCCUCUGUGUUUGCAGCGGCAGAGGGCCACUACAGGGUCCCCUUUAGGGGCCUUAUGAGGUUUAAUCCAGUUCAUGACACCACGCAGAGAGCUGUGUUUGAGGAGCUGUGGUUCACCCAGAAGCUGGAUCACUUCAAUGGUGCAGACAGCAGAGAGUGGAAGCAGAGAUACUUUGUGAAUGAAGCCUUCUAUAAGCCUGGAGGUCCAGUGUUUCUGAUGAUAGGUGGUGAGGGCCCAGCAAAUCCAGCAUGGAUGCAAUACGGCACCUGGCUUACCUAUGCUGAGAAGCUGGGAGCACUUUGUUUGAUGCUGGAACACCGUUUCUAUGGGAAGAGUCACCCCACAGCGGACCUCAGCACCGACAACCUACGUUUCCUCAGCAGCCGGCAGGCACUGGCUGACCUGGCACACUUCCGCACUGUGAUAGGACAGACCCGAGGACUAACUAACAGGAAGUGGGUGGCGUUUGGCGGGUCAUACCCAGGGUCUCUGGCUGCUUGGUUCAGACUGAAGUACCCUCACCUGGUGCAUGGCUCUGUGGCCACUAGUGCACCUGUGUAUGCUACAGUCAACUUCCCAGAGUAUUUGGAGGUUGUGUGGCGUUCGCUGGCCUCAGAGAAUGCAGAGUGCCCCUUGCUGGUGAAAAAGGCUUCAGAUACCCUUGCUGAACGCCUCAAAGACCCUAAAACCUAUGACAACAUCACCAAAGACUUCAAUUUAUGCUCCAAACUGCAAAUCCACACAGAGAUGGACUCUGCAUACUUCCUGGAAACGCUGGCUGGCAGCUUUAUGGAUGUGGUCCAGUACAAUCAAGACAACAGAGCAUUUGAGGGUGUGUUGGGAACCAACAUCACCAUUAAGGUGUUGUGCAGUAUAAUGGGGGACGAGUCGCUGGGUGAUCCUUACGCCCGAUACGUCCUCGUGGCCCACCUGAUGAUGGACACCUUCUCAGUGAAAUGCCUGGAUGCCAGCUUCAGUAACUACGUUAGAGACAUGACUAACACAUCCUGGGAUGGGCCUGCUGCUGGGGGAGGGAGACAGUGGGUCUACCAGACCUGCAGCGAAUUUGGAUUCUACCAGAGCACAGAUUCACCGAACCAGCCUUUCAUCGGCUUCCCGCUUGUUUAUCAUGUCAAACAGUGUGCAGACUUCUAUAACAUCAGCACUGAGCAGGUAGCAGAGGCUGUCGCUCAGACCAAUGAGUACUAUGGCGGAUAUGAAAUCCGCUCCAGCAGGAUAGUUUUCCCAAACGGCUCCAUUGAUCCAUGGCAUGCCCUGGGAAUCACCCGAGACAUCACUGCUGACCUCCCUGCUGUAUUCAUCAAAGGAACGGCUCACUGUGCCAAUAUGUACCCAGCCCGAAGCGAGGAUCUCCCACAGCUCUCUCUGGCUCGAGACCACAUCUUCGUACUCCUGCAGCAGUGGCUGAAGCAGUGACUCACAGUUAAACAUGCCAAUCAGUGGCACUGGUGGUGCAAAUUAAACAAAUCAAACAAAUUGAAUUCAUUUCCAAAUGUUCAAAAUGCUGCUUUGCACAAGUCUUAAUUGGAAGAUAGUCAAUAAGUUUUGAAAUAAUGACAUGAUUUUGAGAUUAUGAAUAAAGUUUUUUAUGUUUUUUUUUACGAUUAUCUGCACUGGACUGUUAAACAGGACAAGAUGGACAAUGAAAAGGUUGUAUUAUGCUUUUUGGCUUCAUUGUCUAUGUAUUAUAUGGUUUAUACAUGUUCCAACCUGACUGAGGGUUACUAGUGUACAUCACUAUCAACAGAUUUAAAAAUGAGCACCUGUACCACCAUAAAUAUGCAAACAUGGACACCUUGUGUGCUUCUGCUAUAUAUGGCCGACUACUCAAGAUCUACUUUUAAACUAAUACAGCAAAAUUAGCUGUAACUUAAAAUUAUUCUGUACUGUCCAUGAAAUUGGGUUUAUUUUUGCACUGAGUUUAAUACUGUUCAGAACUGAACGUGCUUAAUGAGGGUGGAUCUUGUUAAUCCUCUGAACUUUGGACAUGCAGGCUCUGAUCUUUGAUUACUGUUGAUAAUAUCAAACUCUGAUUACAUCUCUUUGUUAAUUUUGACAUUAUAAAGCAUUCUGUUUGCUUGUUGUUGUUCUAACGGUGAAACCAAUCAUCAAUUUUCAGUGUGUGAAAAGGAGAUAAGUCCACUUCUGCAGGGCAGACUUGAAUUUGCUUAAUCAUUAGAUCUGCCCCCAGGAGCCAACAUUCAUUCAAGUUGUUGUGGGUUAUGAAGGGAAAUCUGUGUUUCUCAGUUUUGAAGUGGAUCUUGACUGCCUAGGUGGGGCAGAUGCACAUCUCCAUAACAAAAGUGGCUGUGUUCAAAGUGGUCAUUUAUUCAUUCAUUCAUUCACUCACACACCAUAGUGGGCUCAUUACUGAGUUUAAACAAAGACCUGCAUUUCAGACAGCACUUGAAUGCAGCAGUUCUUCAUAAUCAUGUAUUUUCAGUUUAAUGUCGCAUAACUGGCAGCAGGACAGGUACAUAGAUCUGAGGUGACAACACAUCUGCUGUUUUUAGUUCAUAACAUCUUUCUCCAUAUUACAUUAAACGCUGACAGAAUUGCA